GGGGGAAACUUGUGGCUUCCUGGCGAGGUUGGCAUUUUGCGCGGGUGUAAACGGGACCCAAAGAUCAGUCCAAAGAAACAUGGAUUCCUCAAGUCAUUGACGGGUUUGCGAUUAUCAUGGCCCGUCAUCAUUGGCAUUACCAGGUUCCAGCUGGAAUCUCGACCCGAAUGGCCCAUCCACUCCAUCCUGCGGGUUGGUCACAAGCUGAAUUCAACAUUCCGGGUUGCUCCAACCUCCGCUUCAAGCGUCAAAUCCCGGAGCAAAGAUGGCAGCUCUCCCACCCUUUCGGGAUCACGUGAACUCGCGUUGGGUGAAGGCCGGCUUCGUGUGACCCGGCGCGUCAAGGACCUGGGGGAAUAUCUACCAUAA